CUUGCGUUGAGUUGAAUCAAAUUCAAAGGUUGAAUAAAAUCACGAAAAAUAUUCCCUACCUUUCAACACGCUCCCUUUACCUCAAGAUUGGCGGUAGCCAUGUUCGCGAGGGCCGCUUUUGCUCGGCCCCAACAUGGGCGUUCCUUUUGUCGUCUGCAAUGUGUCAAACGCCGUCGAACGGGUCGGUCGUAGAUGAAGUAAAGCAGCGGGAGAUCAAAGCCGACGUUGAUACAGCUUGAUUCGCCGGUCGACGAAAGGUCGUUGGAAACGCGCGAGCGCGGUCCAUGCUGACAAACGUACCGCAUCGUCUUCAUUCGCCGCCGCUUCGUGAGAGUGCCGCGAUCACAAAAAACGUCUCACGCGCGUACCGGACUUUGAGUUCGAUAAUUGAAUUAAAAUCCAGGAGAAAAAGGUGGACGGGCGAGCGGAUAUCGCGGGAACAGGCUUCCUCGUCGUUGCAGCUUCGAGAUUCGAGACCCACCGCGAGAUCGAUGAGCAAUCUCGCCGAGCGUGUCGUAGGGUUAUGCAGCGGAAUCGAGGGGAAGUAAAGGCGUCAGGAAUUCUUUACGUACCGGUGCUUUAAUACCAAGCGAGGGAGGAAGAGGGAGGAAGAGAGACAGCCUUCCUGGAUAAUGAACGGUGACGCACCGUCGUUGUUUCUCCACGUUCGGUCGAAUCAGCGAAACUGAAGUACAAGGUCCCCCUGCUGCAAGUCAGCUGAUCAACAAAGAGGCUAUGAAUUUCAUAAUCAGGCCUUAACGAAAACAAAUAUUUACUUACAUGUCAAGAGUACCUACCAAGCUCUGAGACUCCGUUUCACAACGUGCAGAUUGUGUGUGUUAUACGAGAUUGUUUAUCGCGAGGAAAAAAGGAAGUUUGAAAAACAAAAAAAAUGUCCGCAGCAAUGGGUACACCUAAAGGUAGUAAUCUGCAAAACCGAAACUCGCAGAGGACCACUCUGCUGAAAGUGGUGAUUCUCGGGGACGGCGGUGUCGGCAAGUCCUGCCUCAUGAACAGAUUUGUGUCGAAUCACUUCGAUGAGCACAGCUUUCAUACUAUAGGUGUGGAAUUCCUGAAUAAAGAUAUUGAAAUCAAUGGCGAAGCUUACACGUUACAAAUAUGGGACACUGCUGGACAGGAGAGAUUCAAAACUCUCAGAACCCCAUUCUACAGAGGCUCAGACAUCUGUUUGCUCACCUAUGCGGUAGAUGAUCGGACGAGUUUUAAAAAUUUGACACUGUGGAGAUCCGAGUUUCUUAAGUAUGCGGAUGUUCGAGAAGCUUCCACAUUUCCUUUUAUCGUUAUAGGCAAUAAGGUGGACGUCCCCGAGUCGGAGAAGCAGGUUUCCACGGAAGAUGCACAAGCCUGGUGCUUGGAGAACGGCGGUCCUCCAUUAGUCGAGACAUCGGCGAAAGACGCCACUAAUGUUGAGGCAGCAUUCGGGGCAGCUGUCGCCGCAUGGGCGCGACUGGAAGCUAGAUUAGAGCGGCCUUUGGUGGAAGAUACCGUCGAUCUCUCUAAGCAGCAAUCCCCGCAUCGUUCGAGCUGCUGCAUGCCCGUGUCGGGUGCUGAAUCCACCUUCGUGACCAGAUAAUUGCAAUCGAGCGGUAAGAGGAUAAGCACGAUAUGCGAACUUUACGUGUGCGAAGCAACGCUGGUGGAAACGGUCGUUUAAAGUUUCUUUAUGUUUGGAAGAAGCACAAGUCACACCGCACAUUGAGCCCAUAGGUGUUUAUUCUAAUUAGGAACUAUAAGGAUACUCUAUAUGCAAUAUAAGCGUAAGAGAUUAUUUUUUCUUUGUUUGGCCUACGCAUCAUUUCUUUGCACAAUUACAGAAAGAUACGUAAAAGUGAUUUAUAGUCCAUAGAGAGUUUGAGCGGGCUUGCGUAAAAAGUUUCGAGUAGGUAAAUAUAACAUUUGUUCCUCAGUUUUCCGACUUAGCCAUUCUUACCAACUGCACUUGAGGCAACUUCUCACAAUAGGCAUACUUUCUUUUCUAGGUCUAACAAAGUAAUUUGAAGAGAAUCUCUUGCCUGUCUACAAAAUUCUCUCUCUCUCUCUCUUUCUCUCUACGUUGUGUACGGUGAACAUGUUUGUUCACGCUGGAAUUGCGUCGGUUGUAUAAAAGUGGAUAAUAAUUCAAUUUUACCAUUCAAGAGACCGGCUGAGACUUGAAAGAUCGUACGGACUAUGUUUGUAGAGAAAUCAUUAGAGAAGAAUGAGUGUACCUUGCUGCGUGGCUCAGCUUUAUCCUCAAUGAAUCUUAUAUCGAAGUACUCGAGUACGAACGCCACAGAGGUCGUGUAUGAGACAAAUAACGUAUCGCGGUGAAUAUUUCCAGAAUACAGCUCUAAGAUGUAAAGUCAGAUUGAACGUCCUAUUCACGCUUUGUGCAGCUC